AAAACUUUUCGAUAAAAAAGUAACGAUAAAUUAAAUAUUAUCUUUUAAAAGCGUGAAAAUUUGAAAACAAUUCGAUGGCUGAUAGAAAAGCCCAUUCAAAAACUGAUAAACCAAAAUGGAAGAAUACGAUCCGAUACACACAACGAGAUGGAAUUGGAGACAAAAAUGAUGAUUAUGAACAUUGGCUGCGAUUCCAAAAACCGCUUAGACCAGACGAUCAGCUUGAUUUGACAGAAGCUGAACUCUCUGAAGAGAUUACAAAACAUUUGGAUACCGAACAUACAAAUUAUCCGAAAAAUUUAGUUAUAUACAGUUAUAAAGAUUAUGGAUAUAUUCCGCUUCCACCGCCACCAAAUAUAGGCGUUUUACUCAAUGUUGAUGGUAAUUCGAUACCAUGUGAAUAUGGCGAAAAAACGUCCGAGGAGACAGGAUUAAUUGAUGGAGCUCAUGAAGAUGGUGAAUCUAUUGAUACAAAGCUAAAAACAACUGAAAACGAAACGAGCUCCACACCGGUGGAAGAAAUUGAUAAUGAUGAAAUCAUUGAUGAUGACGACUUACUUACUAAACAACAAUCAAAUCAGGAGACUGAGAAGAAAAAGAAAUUAAUCAACCAGUUCAAUUACUGUGAACGUGCCGUACUCACAUUAAAUAAUCCACCAAGAAAUGUGGAGACGCAAACCAUUCCACCGCCUCGAUCAACAUUCGGUUCAUAUGUACUUCAGUGGAUCAUUUACGAUUCAUAUGCUGAACAUUUUGAACAGAGUGAACGUGAAAAGGAAAAAGAACGAAAGGCAGCAAGUGCCAUGAUAUCCGCGCAAUCAAAGCAAUUCGAUUUAAUUAAACGCACUUGUAAAAAUACAAUCAACGAAGAAUUAAAUCGAAAUUAUUUACGAUGUUGGCAAAUCUUGGAGCGAAUGAUUAAUCAAAACAUUUUUGAUGAGAUCGCACUUGAUUAUCGAUACUAUGAGGAUCCAUCGGAUGAAUUUCGGGAAGAGGAGGGAACUCUUUUGCCACUGUGGAAAUUUCAAUAUGAAAAAACAAAAAAAAUGAAUGUAACGGACAUUUGUUUCAAUACCAUGUACUAUGACUUGUUUGCAGUUUGUUUCGGAUGCUUUGAUUUCAUGAAGCAACUACCGGAAGGUCUUGUUUGCUUAUUCACAAUUAAAAAUCCAUCAUAUCCCGAAUAUAUAAUUACAACCGAAAGUGGAGUAAUGUGUUGUGAUAUUCACCAAAAAUUUCCAUAUUUGCUUGUGAUCGGUAUGUUCGAUGGAAAUGUUGCAGUUUAUAAUCUACAAUCAAAUCCAUCACAAGCAAUGUAUAUGUCGCGCGGUACAGAUGGAAAGCAUUCAAAUAUUGUGUGGGAGGUGAAAUGGGGCAUUGAUAUGCAGGAUGGUGAACUUAAUUUUUAUUCAAUUUCAAAUGAUGGCAUUAUCUAUAAUUGGGUAUUGAUGCAAAGUCAAUUAAGUUCAACAAUCAUAGCUACACUCUUUAUGGACCAAGAAAUAUCAGCCGCACCCGACGGCCAUAGUGUCAAACUAAAAGCUGCUGGAACAUGCAUGACGUUUCAUCCAAAGCUGUCGAACAUAUUUUUGGCUGGUUCUGAAGAGGGUGACAUUUUUAAAUGUAGCACAGAAUUUAGUUCACGAUAUUUAAUGUGUUACAACGCUCACUACUUGCCCGUUUACAACAUUGAUUACAAUAAAUUUAACUCAAAUAUAUUUGUUUCGUGCGCAGCCGAUUGGCGAGUAAAAAUCUGGGAAGAUAUGCGAAGUGAACCAUUGUUCAUAUUUGAUCUUGGAGCAAGCGUUGGCGACGUUAAGUGGGCACCAUAUUCUAGCACAGUUUUGGCAGCAUUGACAACAGAUGGAAAGGUGUUUGUAUUUGAUAUAAACGUCAACAAAUAUAAACCAAUAUGUGUUCAGCAAGUUGUACCCCGAAAAAGUGUUCGUCUUACACGGAUCGCUUUUAAUAAAAAAAUUCCUUUCAUAAUUGUGGGAGACGAAAAGUAA